GAUCCAAAGCCUUGGACGAUCUGUUUGCUGAGUACCUCAAGGCUGGAGGGAGUUGGCUGUCGAGCACCCUGGUGACCAAAGUGACAUCCCGUGUGGACAAAGAGUUGAAGGGCGAGGAGCACUACGUUCGCCUUUGCGACUUGCGGGAGAAGGAGGGAUCCGUGGCGGCUGACGAGAUCUUCAAGGCCAAGCAGGCUUUGCAGGAGCAGAUGCCGUCGGACUCCCUUGAGCCGCCCUACAUUCUGAAGCACCCGGACCUGCCAGGUUGCAAGGAAUGGACCUUGAUCCGCACCUUCAAGGAGGCGACCCUGACAAAGAAAGACACGUCUUCGAAAAAAACUACCGUGAAGACCGGCGAUCUGGAGCUCGAUGGCGAUGCGACCCAUGCUGUGGUGAACAACGUGCUGCACGGCCUCGAAGUCGCAUUGCCGAGCGGCUCUGAUCAGGCCAGCAGCAGCAUCAGACGUCGGCCAUCGUCGAUGGCCUUGCCGCUGCCGCAGGGUGAUGAGGAUGCUGGCUCGACGCUUGCAUCCCUCCCGGAACCUAUGGACAAGAAGAAAUUGAAUGCCCUCCUCACCCAGGCCAAGAGCAAGGCUACCCUGGCUUCCACGAAGAUCGGUGAGGCCACCGUGCUGAAGGAUGAGAUCUCCGGAAACGAAGACAUGUCAGAGCCGAUUCGCGAAGGCUUCGUCAAGGAGCUGCAGAACCACAGCAAUGGCCUUCAGCAGGCUAUGGACAAGCUAAAUGAUGAGGUGGCGAAGGGCUCGGGCGAGAAGCUUCAGGAGUACCUAGAUGAUUGCACGCAAAAGAUUACCAAUUUCGUGCAGUCGACGAAUGGAAUGAAGAAGAUGGCCGCCAGGCUGCACGCAUAG